AUGAACCAAAAUAAUCAAAUCAAUAAUAAUGAAGUACCCCUAACCGCAUCCUACAAUAAUUCUCAGGCUAUUUAUAAUCAGAGUAGGUUUUCUUGGGAGAAUAACGUUGAUAUGAGAGGUUUCCCACCAAACAAUAACAGAAACAACAAUUUUGGGAAUACUUCUUAUGAAUAUCUAAAAAAUAGGAAUAGUAACAACGAGACUAAUAAUAGUUAUGAUAAUGACAAUAUUAACCGUAAUUAUAAUGACGCUUCCAAUGCAAAUAUAUCGAAUUAUUCACGCCAUCAACAACAACAUUCCAUCAAUCCACAAACAGAUACUAAUAUACAACCGCCACAAGGACAACAAUCACUUCAAAAAGAAGCAGUAAGUAAUCCAGGUGGUACCCCAGUUGUUUAUCAAAGUCACAUGUCGAAACCUGUAAUUUCUGGUACAUCCAUCACAUCUCCAUACAUAAAUGUGAAUGAACCAACACAGUAUAAGUCACCAAAUUCAACUUCCACCAACACCACUAAUAAUAACAAUGGAGAAACAGUUUUUUCAGAAGGUAUGCUCCAAGAUGCUGAAAAACUAAGACCGCAACCACUACCACCUGCAUUAUUUUCAUAUCCUAUAAGGAAAUAUAUUUCAAAUUUAGCAAUAUUAAAGUUUCACGAUAUGGUCAAUACGAUUAAUAAUGCAGGUAACAACAUGAAUAAAUUAGAAUAUUGGAAACAUUUUGUCAAAGAAAUGUUUACACCAUAUGCAACAGUAAGAUACAGUAAAACAUCUAAUAUUGAUUAUAGAAAAUUCAAUUUCUUAGUAUCUUUGAUACCAGUAAUCUUUGUAACUUUAUGGAAGUUAGGUGUUGUUAGAAUUGACAUAGCCUUGCAACAAAUUAAAUGUGAAGUUUUAAGUAAUAGUUGUAUCUUCAUAAGUUGUCCAAAGGCAACUUUGACAUAUCAUUACGCUGAUGCGAGCUACAUCACCUAUUAUAUACAAUUCAAGGGGAUAUAUUCAUCUUCAUUGAAAUUGGAAUUUGGUGAUCUUUGUAUGCAUGGUUUUGUCCCUGGAAUCGAAUGGAGUGCAUUAGAAAGGUUAUUAUCUAAUCAACAAAGUUGCUAUAGAAUAUUUCGAAAAUUGAGCAACAUUGAUGAUAGCAAUGCAAAGAAUAAAUCCACAAAUGGUUCAAUUAGUGGUGAAAACUCAGAGUUAACAAGUAGAUUGAAUACUGCUGCUAACAAUCAUCCAAAUAAAUUAAAUGAUAACAGUUACAAAAAGGAAACAUUUAAAAAUAUAAACGAUAAUUUAAACCACCGAAAUACUAAUGAUUUAAAGGAUAAGAAGAUUCCACCGAAUUUUGAUGCUAUGUCACAGUUACGUUCCUGUUUUGGUGUCUUUAGAAAUGUUUCUGUAUGUGGUUCCCAAGAAGGAUUAAUGAGGGUCAUGCAAGUAAGUAAUGUGAUGUCUACUUUAAAAAAUUUAAGGGCAUAUCAAAAGAUUCAUGGAAUUGAUAGUCCAGUAGAAGCCUUAGAAGCUUAUGUUCAGAAAAAUUAUAACGAUUCGAAUUCAGAGAUGCACGCUAUGCAUAAUACCAAUAUUCAAAAUAAUAGUCGGCUAAGCCCUGAAGGUGAUGAUGUUACAAGCCCUAGAUAUUCAGUAAAUCCCAAUAUAAACUAA